AUGCAGUACCCUUUGCACGCAGUGUUCAUAACCAGUACAGAGACAGAACCGUGCAACAGCCAGGAAGAGUGUGCAAGAGUUGUACAGAACCUGCAGACGACACAUCAGUACUACAAGUUACAGGACUUGCCAUACAGCUUCCUAAUCGGAGGAGAUGGCCGAGUCUAUGAGGGGAGGGGAUGGGCCCAUUCCAUCUCUCCGCCAUUUGAAGUCCACCCUGAGUCUCAAUGGAAGAGCAUUAUUAUUGCUAAAAUCGGUCCUCGUUCAGUGGCUGACCCCUGCAAGUUCAUGGAGAGGGCGGUUGGUAGCCUGAUAGACAAUGCAAUCCGAGAGAGACGCAUCGACUACGACACCAACUACUAUUUUCAAGAAAACGACGAGGCGAUGAAAAACUUCCCGUUUCACAGAUUUAAACAGAUAAACUUAAAUAACGUUAAGAAAGUUGAUGUUAAAAAACUGCUUUAGCUUGUGUACACUUAUGUUUUUUAAGAGUAAGAGUAUAACAAAGAAGACUCCCAAUAUUCCUAACUUGGUUCCGGUAUUCAGUUCAGUUGGAAUUGACAAAUAUUUUGAGAGGAAAAACUUAAAUAGAUAAUGUCAUCAAGUAUUUCUAAAAUUACAGUAUUUCUAAGUAAGUAAACUAAAAUUUAGAGAGUAAAUUUUUGUUUAGAAUCCUUGAA